AGAUCACUUCAGUUUCGACGACUCGAGAGACUCGUCUGUGUUUGGUGUUUGUGCUACGUUCCUUUGUUUAAGUAAAAAAAAAACCUGGCGGUACAACCAUGCCGUGGUCGGCCGUUCGAGACAGACUGCUGUCGUUCCUGCGCUCCUGCUGCCCGGCCCGGCGGAGACACAGGCUGAGGGAGCUGGAGGCCGAGCUGAGGGCCGAGCGGCUGGCGACGGAGAGACUGCGGGCCAGGCAGGGUCGGGACAGAAAGGGUCUGCUGGAGGAAGUGGACUAUCAGAUAAGGAUGAGGAUGCUCUCCGAGUCAGUGAGGAAGAGGCACCUGCUGACCUCUACGUGGAAGGAGCACCUCUGUGAGACCCAGCUCCAGCAGUACCAGGAGAACGUGACGUCCACGACCGAGGAGACGGAGAGAGCCAGACGCAACCUGCAGGACGUGCGGAGGCUUCGACUGAUGGAGGAAGAGCAACACAGACUGGAGGAGGAAGGUCUGAAAGUGUGCUGGGAGGAGGAGAGAAGCACCAUGAGGCAGGAGAACGAGGAGAAAAAAGAAAAAAGACUCCUGCUAGCUGUGGAGAAAGCCAAGGAGCUAGCAGCCGCGCGUACGGCGAGAGAGGAGCAAAGAUCGGACGCAUAGGGUGAACUGGGAUCGUACAAACUGGGAGAAAAAGAACUUCAAAAAAUCGAACAACAAAAGAAAGAAAGAAAGAAAGAAAGAAAGAAAGAAAGAAAGAGAGAGAGAGAGAGAGAGAGAGAGAGAGAGAGAGAGAAAGAGAGAAAGAGAGAAAGAAAAGACCUCAGCAAUUAAUUACGCCUCAUCAUCUCACAGGAAGAAGGUACCGGGUGACCUGGGAAUCGAACCCAGCUAAAUUUCAGCAGCUUAACCCUUAGAUGCAUGAGUGACUGGACCUUACACUCUUCCAUAAGUGGGUCAAAAAUGACCCGUGGUAUAAUCAAUGUGUUUUUAUGCCACAUUUGUCAUUUUGAUUAAAAAUAAUAAUU